GAGCUUCAACAUUUACAGAUCGGGUGCUAUCGAUUCGUUUCAACUCUAUAAAAUGCGCUAUAUCAUCGCCUUUCUUUCUCUCCUGACUCUGGUCAAUGGCCAGUUUGGGGGCUUUUUCGACCAGAUGUUCAAUCAGCAAGGCGGCCACGAGCGUCACCAAGCUCAAUCACAGAACAACCCUAGUGAUGCGAACCACUACAAGCAGAAUUACGAGAACUCUGUUUGCGAUAAAUACCUCUGCCCUGACACCCUCGCUUGCGUUCACUUCCCACACCACUGUCCCUGCGCCUGGGACGCCCAACAAGAAAAGGUCGAGCUUGCUGAAGGUCAACGUAUCUGCGUAUCCCGUGGUGGAUUCCGUCCUGGUGAAACGGCGCGAAAGAUUGAACUGGCACGAAAAGGCCUACUGUGAGGUACAAAGACAUUGACUUCAAGGACACCGGCAGGCGAUCAUGGUCCGACAUUAUAAAAAUUCUAGGAAAUACAAUGCUUAUCUACCGUGAAUGCAAAACAAACCGAUUCCAUAAUGUGCCCUUCUGUCUCUGUCUCCGACUCUCAAUCAGAAACCUCAAAGCGAGCGAGUAAUCAGAUAUCUGUGCACCUCUCAACCUCUGCCAACGCCGCCCGGUAAUGAUGUCCUCAAAACUCCAGCCUAAUGCCUUCCUAGUAGCCAGUUCACAGUCCUUGCCAUGUUUCUUGUGUCUCAAUAUCCUUCUACGAAGAGCCGUUGGGUACUUGCGGUACCUUUGGCAUGGGCGGCACACUUUCGUCUUCGUCCUCGUCUUCGGGGAGGUCGUCGGGGUGGCCCAGAAGCUGGGCCACAUUCUUCAUUUCGUAGUGCCUCUUGCGGAGCUGCUCAAACUUUCGGUGCUUUUCACGCUCCUCGGGAGACAUGCCCGCCAAGUCUUCCUCGGCAUCGUGGCCGAUGCUGCUCUCGUCGUCGACGUGGACGCUCUUUUCGCUGCGGGGUGACGGCGCGCCCGCUUCCGGGAUCUCCUCUUCCGGUUCGCCCAGCGAAAGGCCCGGAAUGUCAUCUUCACGCCUUGGACGUGAAUCCUUAAGGCGAGCACCAGCGUCCGCCAGAGGAUCCUCGUCGUCCGAUGGGUCUUCGGCCGGGUCGUAGUGUUUGGCAUAGGGAGUCUUUGGUUCUGUGAUCUUCAUAGUAGAGGAGCGCUCUUGCUCGGUGAGAUAUAGAUUAGCCUCGUCCCACUUGAGGCGUUGAGACUGUUCGAGGCCGUCAGAGGAGCUGUUGACACCAGAUUGCCUUCGGGAUCCUGUAGGGCGAGCGCCAGAGGAUGAACGUCGGUGACCCGCGUUGAUGUGCGUGUUGGCAAUAGUGAGCUCCUU